UGUCAGAAAAACACUAACAAACACUCUCCACCAAGCACAGCUUUACAUAAUACAUACCUACCUACCUACAACAAUUUCACUGUUCCUUAAUAUUGAAUCUAAAAGAUAGAUUUACUCCAAAUAACUGAUCAGGACUCAUCGUUCAUUUACUUUUUACAAGAUUUGUUAUUAACAUUCCCAACCAACCUAGCACUUGCCCCAAUCCCUCAGGAAUAAAUCAAUACCUCCGCUGCUUGCCCUCAGCCUCGCACUUAGCUGGACACCCGGAGUCUACCUAUUCUAGAGAGCAAGCAUGUCAGCUAUGGACGGCGGACCACCAGGAAACAAUCAACAAGAAGAAGAAAUUCCGGCAUAUCAACGUAUCGCACCCAGCAUAUUUGUACCUGCGCAUACAGAUUUUACACAGCCGCCACCGGAUUUGCCGUCAGAUCCAAGCCAGUUACGCAACGAGAUGCUCGCUCGUAUCGAUGAGCAUGCGGAUGCUGUGCAAGACAACAUCUAUUACAUGCUCAACCGUGAAAAAAGACGCAUCCACCAGGAAUGCCGCCAGAGAGACGCGUAUUUCCCACAACACCUUCAGGUGAAACCGGGUCUGGCGGAGAGUGAAGAACACUGGAUCCCCGACAACGGGAUGGAGUUGGACGAGAUUCUUUUCAUUAGAUCCUUCUGUCCCGAGCCGAAGCAAGGCCCUUACGAGGUGCCGCCCUUGUUCACGCACAAUCAAUGUUUGCACCUACAGACUGACGAGAGAUUCGGGGAGCCGCCGCGCAAGUCGGCCGAGAAGAUGUUGCUAAAUCUGGUGAAGCAUGGUGUUCAGAACCUCGAGGGACUAGCGCAACACGUGAAAAACGUAAAAGAUGCUAAGAGCAAGGAACUAGAGAAUGAGAUGCUAUCGAAGACACUUGGUUCUAUGGGAGUUGCUCCUGCUGAUAGGAUGGAUAUCAGCUAACGAUGCAUGGAGUAUCAAUGUACAAUAAUGGUUCCGCGUGAUAUGGACACUCGCGAUGCGCAA